AUGGCACGACAACUCCUGAAGAGCCUGCGGCACCUGCCCCAGCCACAAAGGCAGGACAGAGCGGCAUCUUCGUCAUCUUUGUCCUCCCCACCGGACGUCGAUGCACCAGUUGUUUCCAAUGGUGGGAACAGUGGUGUGGCCAACGGGACGCGUAGGUGCCUGCAAGACCUCGACGUGUGGAAGCGGGCGCCGACACUUCAUGGCACUACGAAGUUUGAACCUCGGCCAGAUGUCAAGAACGUCAUGGUGACGGGAGGCGCAGGCUUCAUAGCUUCUUGGGUCGUCCGUCACCUGACGCUCACGUAUCCAGAGGCGUACAACAUAGUCUCAUUUGACAAGCUGGACUAUUGCUCGUCCCUCAACAAUACCCGCGUGUUGGACGACAAGCGCAACUUCACAUUUUAUCAUGGGGACCUCACCAAUCCAACCGAGGUCUUGGACUGCAUGGAGCGGUACCGGAUUGACACGGUCAUGCACUUCGCUGCGCAGUCUCACGUAGAUUUAAGCUUUGGCAACUCGUACGGCUUCACUCAUGCAAAUGUCUACGGGACGCACGUACUGCUAGAGGGUGCCAAGAAAGCCGAGAUCAAGCGCUUCAUACACGUUUCUACCGACGAGGUGUAUGGUGAAGUCAAGGAGGAUGACGACGACCUGGUCGAGUCGAGUAUUCUCUCGCCGACCAACCCUUACGCAGCGAGCAAGGCGGCAGCCGAGAUGCUUGUUCAGUCCUACCACAAGAGCUUCAAGCUACCCACGAUAAUCGUUCGAAGUAACAAUGUGUACGGACCACAUCAGUACCCCGAAAAAAUCAUUGCCAAGUUCACUUGUCUUCUCAGCCGAGGCCAGCCCGUUGUAUUGCAUGGCGACGGCAGCCCAACAAGGCGAUAUCUUUACGCCGGCGAUGCCGCAGACGCAUUUGACACCAUCCUACACAAGGGCCACAUUGGCCACAUUUACAACGUGGGCUCCUCUGAUGAAAUCUCAAACCUGCAUCUCUGUUCUAGACUACUAGACACAAUGGGCAUAGACCAUUCAGCGCCAGAGCAGCUCCGCAAAUGGAUCAAGUAUACCCACGACAGGCCUUUCAAUGACCGGCGAUAUGCGGUAGACGGCACGAAAUUACGCAUGCUCGGAUGGAGCCAAAACACAAGUCUCGAAAAGGGCUUAGAAACAACAGUAGACUGGUACCUCAAAUAUGGAGAGUCGUGGUGGGGGGACAUUAGCCAUGUGCUCACGCCGUUUCCAGUGGUCAGCAAAGGGGAAGUUGUGCCGGAUUUCGAGCAUCUGGCGAAGGACGACCCCGUGCAACCAGGCGAUGAGUGUCUUGUCAAUGGCCAGAAUGAGGCGUAG